CGUGAUUGUUGAUUGUUCCGUGUUCGUUGAUAGCUGUGUAGCCGAGGUUGACGGGCGACUCCUCGUGCAUAGGUGUACUUUUUCUAAUUUUAUAGAGAAUCUCGAAUGCAUCUCAUGGCCUGUCCCGUAAUGCCGGGACUCGUUGAGCCCGCACUCGCGGACACAGCAAAGUCGUGAGAUUAAGUUCAACCAGGCAAGCUUCGAUCGGCAUGGGCGAGAAUUUAGAAUCUUUUGGGGACGAGACAGAUUUUGCCGUGAAAUACGACAAAGUCAGUUCGCUCACGAGGCACGAUGUUCGUCUGCUCGAAGGAAUGACAAUACAGAAUGACAUUUCACAAGUUCGGAGUGAUCACUGUAGAAGCAACAUGUUUGAAAAUAAAAGCAACCCAGCGUUGUCAAGAAAAAACGAUGGAGAAAUAAAACUAAAUUGUUCAAUGGACAACAUCAACUCGUCUGUCACUUUUGAAGAGGAUAAAUCCAUCAAUGACAUUCCUAAUACAAAACUUCAAACUUGCCAAUUGUCUAGCAGCGAGAGUUGCCUUUCAUAUGAAGAUGAUGAAUCUCUUCGUAAUUUAUUUUCUCACUGUACAAGUGCUUCAUUACCCGCGAUAUCAUCUUUGGAUUCGUACUUAGUAAAAAAUAAAGCUAAUGUGUUUCAAAAGGAUAUACAUACACAGGAAAACGUAGUAAAAGCUUGCACUGAUGAAGAAGACACAUUAUUUAAUCGAUUAAGCGAGAUAAAAACUCCUUUAUCCGAUUCGCAAUGUUCCUUAAACGAAAAGAGUAUUAAAGCGUGUCAGAAUGAUCCAACAGAAGAGGAACAAGAGAAAGAUUAUCUUAAAGAAGAGAUUUCAGAAAGUGAUGUAUCCGAAAUGAAACAAUUUGGUGAAGAAACGAUAAAUUCACGAUUACAAUUAAAUGAUAACAAGACUACAAAUGAGCGAAAUCAAGUCGAGGUAGACGUAUGCAAGAAGAAUGAAUCGAAUUCAACUGCGGUACCAAGUAUUAACGCGCGAGGUUCAAUUUCCCGACCGACAUUGGCUGAUGAUAGCAAACUCGUAAAAAUGUCUAUUCUAACGAAUCCAAUGAAUAUAAUGCAGUCGAACGUUCAGCUUUUAAAUAAAAGCCGUAAUUUUUUAAAUUUCAUCACGGAAAAGUCGACGAACAUCAUGGAAAAAGCUUUGCUGCCGCAGCAUUUGGCGAUGAAAUACAAUCACAUAUCGAAAUCUGUCGAAAGUGAUUCCUCGAGAUUUUAUACCUGCAGUAACGUAUCUUCUUCGACUGACGUAAUUCCUAGAUUAUAUGUAAAUUCAGCAACAAAUCGGAAUGAUAUGAGUUAUACGGUAAAACAAAAUUACAAGAGCGAAAAUAAUUUGGAUACUGUAACAAAUAAUGAAAAAGAGGUAAAUCCAUCUCCAUGUAUGAAAGAAAAUAAAAUGUAUGAUGAUUCUAGAGAACAGCUGUUAUAUAAUAACAUUAUUGAGAAUAAAGUAAUGUUGGACGAGAAAAUGUAUCAUGUACUUAAAAACAAUGACGAUAGAUUAGAUUGUGAUGUAAUCGAUGAACAAGUAAAACGCGAUGUAUCGGGAGAAACGGAUGAGAAUAAAAGUUUUCUACAGACGGACGAGUUAUGCGAUGACGCAUAUAAGGAAGACUCGUCUGGUGUCGGUAUUUUAGAUUUAAAUAUUUUAAAACACAAUUCAUUAGAACAUCCGUCGUAUCUUGCUCUAUCGGAGGAUUACACCAGUUUAAAAUUCAAACACUCAAAACUACUGGAUAGAAUGGAGUAUUUAAAGAAAUUAAAUCGAUCGAACAAUUCGUUUCAAGAAACCGAAACAAAUGCACUUACUACAGAAGCACUUAUCUUACAAGUGGAGAACUUGCAGAAAACUGUAAAUCAAUUAACAGUCGACUUGAACACAUCGCUCGAAACGCAAGAAGCUCUGAAGAAGGAAUGCGCUGCGGUUAAUAAAGAGAAAGAAAAUAUGGUUAUGAGAUAUGUAACUAGCGAGAAACAAUUGAUUGAUACGCAAAGAGCGAGGGAUUCCACGGAAUGUAAAGUUAAGAAACUUCUAAAGGAUCAGGAAUUAUUACAAAACAAGUUGCGCCAAACGCAGGGUGAGCGCGCAAGAAUAUGUAAUAUUUUGGAUGGAAAAUGUCGUGAAGUAACUGAUUUUCAAAAGGAAAUAGAGAAUUUAAAAGAGGAUGUUAAAUUGAAAGAGAUUAAAUUAAAAUGGACGCAAACUAAACUUAAAACUGAAAUGGAGUCACAAAAGGAUACUCAACAAAAAUUGGAUAAAGCUUUGAUGAAAAUAAAUGAUAUGAAAGAAGAGUGCGAGCAAAUACGCCGCGAAACGCAGGAAUCAUUUCGUAAAUUUCAGCAAUCUGAAGAGAAUAAAGCUGUGACAUUAGAUCAACAGCUGAAAGAGCAUCAGGCGCGUUUGAUUUUGGAAAGACAUGUUACGGAAGAUAAAGAAACGUUAAGGUUACAGUUGCAAAAGGAGCUUGAAACACUGAAAUCUAAGCAACAAAACUUAAUUGAAGAAAACAAGAAGCUUGGCCUAAAAAUACAAGAGUCUGAGAAAGUUCGAUUAAAUAAUGAAAAUGAUUUGAGUGAUUUAAGAAUUGUCGCGGAUCAGCGUCAGCAACAAAUUACCGAAUUAUUGGACAAAGUCUCCCACUUAGAAACAUUAAAACUGCAAUUGCAACAUAAAAAAGAGUGUAUAGUAUCGAUUGAAGCAAAAUUGUUGCAACUACAAUCGGCUAACGAGGAAUUGCAAUCCGACAUGCAGGCAUGUCGCCAGAAGGAGGCAGAUAUGUUAGACUUUACGCAAAAACUGACAGAUACGAACGUACGUCUUCAAUCCGAGUUUACCGCGAUUCAAACGGAGGCGAAUCAUCUUGAAUCCGAACAAGGUCCGCUACGUGAACGUAUUAAUGAAUUGACCAGUAGAGUCAAAACUUUAGAAGAAGAUUUGAUGCAAGAACGAAGAAAACGGAGAGAAGAGUGUGAGAUUCUAGCUAAACAUGUUGCCGAACAAACUAAACUCGCGCAGAACUUAGCCCAGAAGUUGGAGGAUAGUCAGGGUGAAAAUACGUUGUUAAAGAGGAAACAUCAAACUUCCAUAAAGGAAUUGACACGGGAAUUGCAACAAUGUCAUAAAAAAUUAGAAAUGUUGGAAACUACGUCUCCCAGUAAUUCAUUAGAUAUUGCAUCCAGAACUGGAUCUAACACUUCCUUAGCAGGUGAUACAUCAAAUGGUGCCUUAUCAGACAACAAUGCUAAUAGUGAUCAUAUUAACUCGAUAGAACUUAAUAAACAAGUAUUGAUGGAACGCAUCAUCAAACUGCAAGAUAUAAAUGUAAAAAGAGCUGAAAAGUUAGAUUUUUUCAAAGAACAUACGCAGACGUUACUCGAAGAUAUACAGAAGAAAGAAAAAAUAAUACAACAUUAUAUUUUACAUCAAAACUUUGGAGCAUUGACAUGUAACAAGAGUGACAGAUACAAGCAUAUCAAAAGCCGAAGAGAUAUCGCAGAAUUGGCACGACGUGGAGGUAUAAUGGCAUCUGUUUACAAUCAUAGAGUUUCAGAUGAGAAUAUGACUCUAGAACUUUCCUUGGAAAUAAACCAAAAGUUACAAGCGCUUUACGAAGACGCAUUACUAAAAAAUAUUACUUUAAAGGAAAAUAUUGAUACAUUAGGUCAAGAAAUAGCAAAAUUAACAAUGCAGCAUCAACAAAAAUAAAUUGACAAUUAAUAAUUAGUUAUUAUAUAUAUAACUAUGUAUAUAUACAC